AUGUUAAUGGAGCCGGAUCAUUUACAUACGGCAGUCAACCGUUCGAUGACUUCGCGUGAAGGUAGAAGCAAAAACCGGUUUAACCCCAUUACAGGGGCCAGGCUCGCUGCUGGUGUGAUAGCGCUUUCGGCGGACAAGCGAAAUGUAUUGAUGGUCUCAUCAGCGAAGAAGCUACCCUGCUGGGUUGUACCAAAAGGUGGUUGGGAAGCUGACGAGUCAGUACAACAAGCAGCUUUGCGUGAAGGCUGGGAGGAAGGAGGAUUAAUUGGAAGGAUCACGCAGUCGCUAGGUUGCUUUAAAGAUGAUCGUCCAACGGAUACGGUUGAUCGACGGAAGAAGUACUUGGAGCAACAUAGCAUGAAUUCCCACCCGCGGCAUGGCGAUGAUGAAACCGCCGAUGCAACGCUGAGUUCUCAAGUAGAACAGAAAAUGAAUUGUAUUGAGAGAAUAAUGAUUCCUCCCCGAGCAGAAUGUGAAUUCUUUGAAGUUCUUGUGGAACGACUGGAAGACUAUUAUCCUGAAAUGGGAAAGCGGCACAGAAUGUGGAUGUCGUAUGCAGAAGCAAAAAAGUCUCUGACAAAUCGAAAAGAUAUUUUAUCUGCUUUGGAAAAAAGCUCUAUCAUUAAAGAUAUGGAUGAAAAUAAUCAUUAUUAG